AUGACUGGACCCGUCACUCCGAUCGCCCUACAAGCUCCACCGGCACCAAAGUUGAGCAAGAAGCAGCAGAAAAAGAUUGCCAAGGCCAAGGCUGACGCCGCUGCCAACGGUGGACCGACCCUUCCUCUCUCGCCUAUCACCACUCCCGAAGAACUCCAAGCCGAACUCAAAUUUGUCCAAAAGCUCGAAUCGACCGAAGCCCUCGUGAUGAUGACCCAGAUCCUGGACUAUGACCUUUCCCAGACGGUCAAGGGACUUGGUGGCCGUAUCCUUCGUCGCAUGCUCGGUGCUGGUUCGUUUUUCAAGCCAUUGUGUGUGACGCUCGGGUUGCUCGCGUUCCAUUGGCCUUUCCACUCUGCGACUUUCUAUACUUCGAGCACCAAGAGGCCUAUUGCGAGGAGUGCGGCUGUCCUCCGUGCUAUUGCCGAGUGGAACGAUCAACGACCACGUGCUGAGAGGUGUGCAGUUCUUCUUGAUCCGACCUACCAACACGGUGAUGGUGAACGCGCCAUUGCUCCUUCCGGUUGGACCGCUACUCCUCUUCCUCCCUCCCACGUCGUCGAUCUCCGCGCGUACAAGAACAAGACUGUCGCCGAGUAUCUCAUGGCCAUCAAGUACCGCGACCAGGAAGGAAACUUCAAGAAGGCCAACGGAGAGGUCGUCGAGAGUACCGAUUUCACCGACGGCCAAUGCGCCGAGGUCAUGCGUCUAUGGCACCAGAUCGCUGAAAAGCGUACGGGUGAAGGUGAAACUGCCGUCCUCGCUACUCCUGAUGAAGGCAUGUUGAUGCAACUAUCGGGUGGCUCCAAGGGUGACCGCUCGCUCCUCUUCCUCCGCGCCGAAAACAAGACUAUUGCCUCGUGCGUCCUCUUCCGUCUCGGCGACACCAUCACGUCCGACCUCCAAAGCCUCGACUACGAACUCGCUCGUCCACUCAAAGCCUAUUUCGUGAUGAUGCAACAUACGAUUGGGAUCGCGCUUCGAGAAGGCAAGAGCUUUGUGGACUUUGGGCCGACGACACCCAAGCCCAAGUUGGAUAUCGGAUGCACGAGUGUAGGGAUCACGGGUGCGAUGUAUGCUUCGUCGGCGUUAUUGAGAGCGGUGAUUAGAGUCGCGGCAGGGAAAGUUACCGAGGGGAGGAGACUCGAGCGGUGUCGGAUAGCCAUGUGCUCCAUAUCCAA